AUGAACGGAGCACCGUCUUGGCAUUGCGAGCUGGCUGCGAUGCUGCAGCGCUUUUGGGAGCUCGAGGAAGUCCCGCAAGUCAGCCGCCGCGCUCCAGAGGACAUUAAGUGCGAGCGCAUCUUCCUCGAUCACCAUCGUGCUUUGGAUGGCCGCUAUGUCGUUCGUCUGCCAUUGAAGAGCGACAGUGCACGGCUGCUCGGCAACAGUCUGCAGAGUGCCACGGCUGCCCUUCACUCGUUGCAUCGUCGCCUCCAGCGGACCCCAGCGAUGGGUGCUGAGUAUGUGCAAUUUAUGGCAGAGUACAUUGCUCUGGACCACAUGAGGCCACUUCCUGACGAUCUGCACACGGCAUCAUCCCAAACAGUGCACUAUAUCAAACAUCACGGCAUCUGGCAGAGCAGCGAUAAGGGCAGCAGGCUUCGCAUCGUGUUCAACGCCUCGAAACCGACACCGAGCAGCUACAGCUUAAACAACGUCCUCUUCGCGGGCCCUAGACUGCAAACCGCGCUCCCCAGCGUGCUCCUACGCUGGCGACGACACCGAAUCGCCUUCUGCAGCGACGUCUGCAUGAUGUUUCGUCAGAUCUGGAUUGACAAGCGUGACGUUGACCUACAGCGUAUCUUGUGGAGCCCUGAUCCAAACCAACCGCCCACGCACUACCAGCUGUUGACAGUCACCUAUGGCGCUUCGUGCUCACCGUACCUCUCCAUGCACACUGUGCAGCAGCUGUGCGAGGACGAAGGACACCGUUGGCCCAAGCAGUUUCCGUGGUGA